UGCACCUAGAUCAUUUCGUUAAAGAUAUUUAUUCGCGCAAGUUGUCUAGUUAGGAGGUAAAAUUUUCGUACAAUAAUACAAUUGCUAAUUAACAAUAAUUAAUUAAAUGAUGAGCAGCUAUAAAUUCCUAACUCUACUAUAUCUUAUCGGAAUUUGCCAUAUAAAUACGAAUGCCGAUAUGCCGCCAGAAAUCGAAAAAUGCCGUGCAGGCGAUGUGGACUGUAUUGCAAAAAUUUUACCGUAUCUUUUGCAAAAUUAUACCAAUGGAAUUCCUGAAAUUGGUCUAACUGAUAUAGAGAAAUUGUCACUAAAUAAUAUUAUUAUUACAAAAGCAAAAGAGCAAUCGCCAGUUACGUUAAAUUUGGCAUUCAAAAAGAUGUAUUUGCACGGUAUACGAAAUGUAACGGUACAACGUGUGGUGGGCUUUGGAAAGGAUCUGCUCAGUUCAAAAUUCGAAACAUACGUUACAAUACCCAAUUUAGUAGUGGAUGGAGAGUAUGUCUCCAGUGGAAAGGUGCUUUUGUUGCCAAUGGAUGCAACAGGUUUUGCAAAAAUAGAAAUGAAGAAUACCAGGCUUAGCUUGAAAUUUAAGUUUGAUGAAGAAUGUAAGGAUGGCAAGCAGUAUGCGAAGAUAAAAGCGUUAAAAUGCAAAUUGACACCGGAAUUAAUAGUCAUGCAAUUCGAUAAUCUUUUUAAUGGUAAUAAACAGCUGGGUGAGUCGUUGAAUCAGAUGAUUAAUGAUAACUGGAAAAUACUUUGGGCCGACAUGGAAUCUCAAGUAAAUGAAGCGGUUGCAGGAAUAGUAAAACGGCUGCUGGCGAAUAUAAUAAGUGUAUUGCCCUAUGACGAUUUUUAUCGCGAAGACUGACUGUUCGGCGUAUAAAGAUAUUGAAGAACUUACAUGAACAUUAUAUAUUGCUACUUAGCAAUUCUAAAUUAAUAUAAAACAUUAAUUGUUAUU